GAGUGUGCCUGGCACCAAGUGAAAGUGGCUAUUGUGACUUCCCGGGCCCGGAAGCGGUGGCUCAGUGCCCAAGGGCGUGACCUAGUCCAAGGCUGUGGGAAGGGAAUGCCCAGAGUCCGCUCCGAGAGAGGGCGUGCUAAAGGCGGAGUCACAGGCUCCACCCCGACCUCCCAUAGCUCCCCACCAGGUCCGCGUGCUUUUCAUACAAUUCCGCCCGGCACCGCGGUGGUCCAGGCGCGGCUUGGGGUGGCGGUGUCACUGCUAGGAGGCUCAAGCCCCCAAGGUAUGACUGUGACCUCGGCCUAGAGAAGACCGAAGACCGAGCUCUUCGGGCAGCACUGGACUCUACAGGCUUCCAACUCGGAUCCAAAGUCUCGGAGUUCAGAACAAGUGAGCGACCCAGAGACUAGGUCCGGGUGGCCAGCCAUGGCUGCGCCCGCCCGCCGUCUGUGCCACAUAGCCUUCCACGUGCCGGCCGGACAGCCCCUGGCCCGGGACCUGCACCUACUCUUUGGCUUCCAGCCUCUGGCGGUACGGGAGGCAGGCGGCUGGCGACAGCUGGCCCUGCGCAGCGGAGAUGCUGUCUUUUUAGUGAACGAGGGCGCCGGGCCCAGCGAGCCACUGUAUGGCCUGGACCCGCAUCACUCGGUGCCCAGCGCCACGAGCCUGUGCUUCGAUGUGGACGAUGCAAGCGCCACCGCGCGAGCGCUGGCGGCUCGGGGCUGCAAUGUGCCAGUACCUCCCGUCAGCGUGAGGGAUGAGCAUGGCGCAGCCAUCUACACAGUGGUCAGCUCUCCGGUAGGCAGCCUUAGCCUGACUUUGCUACAGCGUGCUGGCUACAGUGGCCCCUUCCUACCGGGCUUCAAACCCCUGCCCUCCGCACCUGACCCAGGCUGGGUCAGCCACGUAGACCACUUGACCUUGGCCUGCAGCUCCGGCAGCUCCCCUGCACUUAGGCGCUGGUUCCAGGACUGCCUAGGUUUCCAGCACUUGCCGCUGAGCCCAGGUGAGGAUCCAGAGACCGGCCUCGAGGUGGCAGCGGGGUCCGGUCGUGGGGGACUGCGGCUCACUGCCCUGCAGACCGCGCCGCACGGCAUUGCUCCCAACCUCGUGUUGGCCGAGUCCUUGCCCGGGGCCACCAGGAGACAGGACCAAGUGGAGCGGUUCCUGGCACGCCACAGGGGGCCAGGCUUGCAGCACGUAGGGCUGUACACUCCCAACAUCCUUGAAGCUACUGAAGGGAUAGCUGAGGCAGGAGGCAGGCUCCUAACGCCUCCCAAGUCUUACUACCAGCAGCCUGGCAAAGAGGAGCAGAUCCUAGCCGCAGGGUACAAGCCUAGCCUUCUGGAUCGACAGGGAAUUCUGCUAGAUGGUGAUAAAGACAAGUUUUUGCUUCAGGUCUUUACCAAAUCUCUGUUUGCUGAGGACACCUUCUUCCUGGAGCUGGUUCAGAGACAGGGGGCCAAAGGCUUUGGCCAGGACAACAUCAGGGCACUAUGGCAGUCCGUGCAAGAGGAAGCUGCCAGGGCCCAGGGAGCCUAAGCCAAGCCAAAGCUGGAUGCUGCUACUUGGAGCCCAGGCCUGCAGGCUGGAGCUGACACAGACCCAGAGAACACACCCAGCUAGUGACCUGGCCUUCAGCCCAAUCAGUGCCUGCCAGUGCAGGGUUUGCUGAUUUCAUAAGGGGCAGGAAUUUUUUUUUAAAUUUCACCAUAAAAUAAUAUAAAUAGGUGAUAUAAAGAAUAAAGGGAUUACAUCAUAGAACACA